AUGGUUGACAAUGAAACUGAAAAUAGUACUUAUUCAUAUGAUUAUGAUUAUGAAGAAGAAUUUAUUCCAUCAGCUAAAGUUCAAUUUUGGACAUAUCUUGUAUUUGAAAUUCCAUCACUAUUUUGUACUAUAUAUCUUCUUUAUCAUUUAACAUUUAACCAACGUUUACGUCGCCAAUUACAAAAUCAUGUUGUAAUGAUACUACUUUUUCUGUGUUUGAUUAUUAUAGUUAUUGAUAAUUCAUUUUAUCUUGAUGGAUUCCGCAUGGGUAAUGGAAAUUCAUUUCCAUUUUCAACACGUGUAUGCCUUUUAUGGUGGUUUAUUGAUUAUGGAUUUUACGGUGCAAUACCGGUAUUUCUUGUAUGGGCUUCAUUCGAAAGACACAUUCUCGUAUUCUAUCGACGACAAUUUCUUCGUCCAAGACGUAAAAUAUUCUAUACACAUUAUUGUCCUUUAAUAAUUAUUUCAAUUUAUCUAAUUGGAUUUUAUGUUGGUGUAAUUUUAUUUCCACCGUGUGAAAAUAUUUUUUAUUCGAAUGGUUUUGCAUGUGGUUCAUAUCCAUGUUAUCAAGAUAUAACAUGGAUUAAUACAUGGGAUUAUUUUUUUAAUGGAGUUUUAUGCAAUAUUUUGGAAGCAUUUUUUACUAUUUCAUUACUUUUUCGAACAAUUUGGAAAAAAUGUAUUUCAACAAGAUAUUUUCAUUGGAAAAAAUAUCGAAAAAUGAUCAUACAAUUACUUUCAAUUUCAACUCUUUCAUUAUCUAUAAAUCUUCCUCAAGCAUUGAUUAUUUUUGUACAAAGUCAACCAAAUAUGAGUAAUUUUGGUAGUACUGUUGAACCAUAUUUUUUCUAUUUAACUACUUUUGUCGUUUUAUUUUUACCAAUUGUUUGUUUUGGAUGUUUACCAGAAUUAUGGCCACAACCAUUCUUUUGUCAUCAACGACGUCAAGGUACGGUUGCUCCUAUGAUACUAUCUGCUAGACCUUGA